AUGAGCAAGACGUUCCAUGACAAGCAAAGUUAUCUUGACAAUUGGACUUUUCAAAACCCAAGUUCAGACUCUCUGGGUUCAAGCAGCUCAGAGUCGUUGCUAGAUAGAGCAUGCUCCACAGGCAAUUUAAAACUUCUUUCCAAUUACUGGAAAGUUCCCAGUUCAGAUGAUAACUACAAUUAUUUGACUGCUUUUGAUGUGCACAAUGAUAAGCCCACUGUCGCUAUCGCUUCAGGUUUGGGAAACUCCAAUCUUUUGAUCGGAAGUAUGAAGGAGAAUACUGGAAUAUCUUCCAAAUAUCAUCUAAACCACCACCAGUCAAUCACUUUACCCAACAUCCACUCAUUGAAAUGGUUAAACAAUAGCUCACCAGGCGAUUUUGACUUCCUUUUAUCGGGCCAUGUCAGUGGAUAUGUGAACCUUACUAUUAUCCCCGACAAAGAAGAUUGUGAUUUCAAGUCUGCCGAAAUCAUCAAGCGAUUUAAUCACGAGAAACAUAUGACUACUAAAGACCAGAUCCAAUCAAAUAUCAUCUCGUCCUUAGAGCUUUCUCCCAAGGCUUGGAAAUCUUGUAACUUGAACUCCAUGUUCACCGUCUACAAGGACAAAAUCUUCAUGUGGGACUGCUCUAGAUCUAGAGCUCCUAUUUUGAUGAACCACUCUGCAGGGUCUGCAUCUUUGCACCCAUCACCUUUCAGGGAUGGAAUUUUAGGUGUUGCUGGAAAGUUUGGGAUAGCUCUCAACGACCUAAGGAUUGGCAAAGACAGUAACCCUUCAUACUUUGUGCCCAAAAUCGCAGAUAGACAGAUUCCAGAAUCCCAGUUGGUCAAGUGGUCUGAUACAGACUCUAACAUCCUUGCUUCUUCUCAUGGAAAUGUUGUCAUGCUGUGGGACGUGAGAAUGAAUGAUACUCAAUUGGCUAUCUUAGAAGGCCACAAUGACGAAGUGACAUCUUUAGAAUGGGGCUCUAACCAAGAUCUUUACUCAGGUAGCAAAGAUGGAGGAAUAGUGCAUUGGGGUCUGGACCUCGAUCUAUUACAGCCUGUUACGAAACCUGCCACAUGUACCCUGAAAGAUGGCCUGAGCUCAAUUCGUCUAAAACAGACUGAAGAUCGUUCCAUAGUGGAAGAUCUUGUAAGUUCAAUUAAUUGUGGUACAUUUAUCCCGGCUUCCAACUCCAAUAUUGUUGAAUUGGCUCAAAUUAAAUUGAACGGAAGAAAAAGAUUAUUAAGUAUUGACGAUUCUCUGUUUCUUGGAAUGCAUGAUACCCUUGAACUAACUGAGAGAAUGCCCGUUAUAAGCGAACAAGAAGAAGACGAAAUAAGUUCUUCCAACACUGUGUUUUCGAACCCAAACACGCCACAAACGUUUUUCUCUUCUUCAGACACUCUGGUGUCUGCCAAAAACGAGCAGCUCAACUUUGAUUUCAAGGAUAGAGCUUUUUCAAAACCUACAACUAAUACAGAGGAUACGCUAUCGUUGAAGCAGUUACCUGAUCUGCCAAAAAGUCUCUACACAGUGCCUCAACAAAAACAACGGGAUACUCUCCCACAAGUUAACUCCAUGAUACCCGAAGUAGUAUAA